UAUAUAACGCCAAAAUUGUUUUAAAUGUAAUAAUUUUAAGAUAUCUUACAUCGAAAUUAUUGUUUCCGAAAUAAAACAAUAGUAAUUAUUUAAAAUGUGUUCAAAAGCUUCUUUAGCAUUUAUUUUAUGCACGGUUUUUUUAUAUGUUAGUGGUACUAGUGGUUACAAAAUAUUAUGCGUUUUUCCUAUCUAUUUUCCAAGUCACUAUUUUCUUGGAAAUGAACUAGCAAAAGGACUAGCAGAAGCCGGACAUGAUGUCACAAUGGUUACAGUUUUUGAAGAGAAAAAUCCGCCAAAAAAUGGAAAAUAUAAGCAAAUUAUUAUGUAUGAUAUAAUUCAAACAGAGAAAGAAUUGUUGAACAAAAUCGCAAAUGUAAGUACAAUAAUCUCACAAGGAAGUGUCUUCUCCAAUCCUUUGUCUUUCCUCAGCAAUUUUAUCAACGUGUGCUACGAUAUAACGGAACAAACCCUAAAGAAUAGAAAAAUGCAAGAGCUCAUCAAAUCAAACCAAACAUUUGAUGUUUUAUUGUUACCUCAGUUUUCUUUAGAGGCGUUAAAGGGUCUAGCACCCCAUUUCAAGGCGCAUUUAGUACUUUUUAAUAAUAAUGCUAUGAUUACUCAAAUGGGCCACUUUGUAGGUGUUCCUAAUUUACCUUCAAUUAAUUCAGAAAUGCUACUGGGUUAUACAGAACAGAUGAACUUUCAACAAAGAUUAUUAAAUACAAUUUUGAAUGUGGUAACACGGAUUGGAGUUCUUAUCUAUGAUUACCCCAGACAUAAAGAAUUGGUACACAAAUAUAUUUCUAAAGACAUCGAUUUAACUGAUAUUCAAUACAAUGCUGCCUUAGUUUUAUCAAAUUCUCAUACCAGCCUUAAUCUAGCUGAAGCAUCCGUACCUGUUAUAAAAGAAAUAGCAGGAUUCCAUGUUAGGCCACCAAAGAAACUGCCUGAUGAUUUGCAAAAAUAUUUAGAUGAAGCAAAAGAUGGAGUGAUUUAUUUCAGCAUGGGGUCCAAUUUAAAAGGAAUAGAUUUACCAAAUAAUACAAGAAAGGCUUUAAUGAAUGCCUUUUCCAAGAGAAAGGAGAACAUUCUAUGGAAAUUUGAGACCGACGACAUGCCCGGAAAACCCAAAAAUGUUAGAAUAGAGAAAUGGUUGCCCCAAUCGGAUAUUUUAGCACAUCCAAAUGUAAAACUGUUCAUAACUCAUGGAGGAUUUUUGAGUUCCAUCGAAACUGUGUACCAUGGAAUGCCAACAGUAGCUAUUCCAGCUUUUGGAGAUCAAUUAAUAAAUGCCAAAAAAGCUGAAGCUGCUGGUUACACUUAUAUAAUUGAAUUACAUCAACUUAGUGAAAGGACUAUAUCUACUGCAAUAGAAGAAGUUUUGACAAAUAAAAAAUACCGCGAAAACGUAAGACACAGGUCUAAAAUUUUUCACGAUAGACCUGUAAAACCCCUAGAUGAUGCUGUGUAUUGGGUAGAAUAUAUCGUCAGACAUAAUGGGGCUCAACAUUUAAGGGUAAAUUACUUGAAAUUAUCGUGGUACGAAUUCAUAAUGGUGGAUGUAAUCGCAACUAUUUUGGCUGUGAUUUUCGUACUGUUGUAUAUUGUUAAGAAGAUUGUUUGUAGCAUAUUAGAUUUACGUAUAAAAAAAAUCGAUGAAAAAGCCGAAAAGAUAAAAAAGCAAUAAAGAAGAGUAAAAAAGAUUGUUUGUAAUAUAAUAAUAUUAAACUUAUGUAUAGGAAGAAGCGAUGGAAAUACCGAAAAGGUAAAAUAGCAAUAAAUUGUAAAUAUGGUAUUUAAUAAAGUUAAAAAUAUUUUGUCUUAAUA